CAAGGUUUCGUCGACAAGUGACAGCCUCCGGGAGAGAUGGCGUGAUGUUCUAUGUGUGACCUCAAAGGUGUGCUAUGAAUGGACUAAGUAAUUGGAAAGAGGAUGAAGAAGGAGGACGUUGUGGUCCUGGAGGGCACGGCUUCGCGGUCUGUUGCAGCAGUCGCAACGGCUAAAAAUUAUGGUGGCAAGGGCGGUCGCAAACGCGAGAGAGCCGACCUUGAUAAUGUCGUCAAGGAGGAGUGUCCGCAGUCAUUGUUGUUGAAAAUUUUAGGCCCGGUGCGAAAGUUGGGCCACGGUACAGCUCUGCGAUCAUAUUUCGGGCGUGAGCAAGCGACCGAAGGUGUGACAAGCGAAGAAGAUGAUGGGGGCGUUAUCUCAUUGCAGGAUGGAUUUUGGGAUCGUGCCAAGCCGUUCUAUCUUGCAGUUCUGU